GAAAGAAUAGUUUUCUCGUUUAUCGGAAAGAGUAAGGAUAGUUGAUCAUGCCUGAACCAGCCAAGUCCGCUCCAGCCCCGAAGAAAGGCUCCAAGAAAGCGGUGACCAAGACCCAGAAGAAAGAUGGGAAGAAGCGCAGGAAGACAAGGAAGGAGAGUUACGCCAUUUACGUGUACAAGGUGCUGAAGCAGGUGCACCCCGAUACCGGCAUCUCCUCCAAGGCCAUGAGCAUCAUGAACUCCUUUGUCAACGAUGUGUUUGAGCGCAUCGCAGGGGAAGCCUCCCGCCUGGCUCAUUACAACAAGCGCUCCACCAUCACCUCCCGGGAGAUCCAGACCGCGGUCCGCCUGCUGCUGCCUGGGGAGCUGGCCAAGCACGCCGUGUCCGAGGGCACCAAGGCUGUCACCAAGUACACCAGCGCCAAGUAACUGCUCCCCAGCUCCUGCCCUACUCCCAGCAACACAAAGGCUCUUCUCAGAGCCACA